UAUAAAUAAAAAUAAACAUGUAGUCCCACCCCCAUAUCAUAUUGCACAUUAAUCAUCCCUCAUAUCAGUAAUCUUCACGCAAUUCAACUUUCAACCCCCCUCUCUCCUGCUACCUAUACAUACACACUUCUUGUAUCUAUCAAUCUCUAAUCUCAUAUAAUACCCAUUCAAUUCAAACUCUUCACUUGGGGCUUUUUCUGUACCCUUCACCAAUCAAAUACCCACCAAUUUUCUUACCUUUUUAUAUUCAAAUUUGAAAAAAAAAUGGAGUGGAUUGAAGCAAGAGCAUUGAAAUCAAGUUUUUUACCGGAAAUUAUUGGCAUGAAGUCAACCCAACAAGCUUAUAUUGAUGAUUUUUGGUGUGUUGGUGGAAUUAACAACGUUGUUAAUGUCUCUAGUGAUGAGGUUUGGGUUGAUGAUUUGUUAGACCUCUCUGAUAAGGAAUUUAGUAAUCCGGAUGGUGAUUCGGUUGGAGAAUCCUCCGAGGAGGAGUUUGCAUCGAUUUCUUCGUCGGAAAAUGAUAGCAAUUCGAUGAAUUCUGGUAGUUUUUCGACCGCCGGCGACCUUGUGUCUCUCACCGGCGACCAGCUCCCCGUUCCGAUUGAUGAUAUGGAAAGCCUUGAAUGGUUAUCACAAAUUGUGGAUGAUUCCGUACCGGAGAAUCCAAUUUUAUAUCCACUGCCGGCGGUGAAGCUGCCGGAGCGAGCAGACCGAACCGCCGUGAGCCGGUUUGAACCGGUGGCUAAUGUUUCGGCUCCGAGUUUCACGGUUUUGGGAUUACCUUAUCCGGUUCCGAAAAAGUGCCGAAGCGGACCAUCGAGGAAAGCGGGUCGAGUCUGGUCAAGCGGGUCGCGUUCACUCACCGAGUCGUCGUCGAGCUCUUCGAGCUCUCACGACUCGUCGAUAACCUCUCCUAUGCUUUUCCUAAACCCGGUUUAUUUCACCGGGUUGUUUGAAAAGCCGCCGGCUGCGAAGAAGCAGAGGAAAAGUCCAGCCAGCCAGAAUGGACCGGGUUCAAGCGAUUCGUUGAGUCAACGGAGGUGUACUCAUUGUCAAGUUCAAAAGACACCUCAAUGGCGAACCGGUCCAUUAGGUCCCAAAACAUUAUGUAACGCUUGCGGCGUCCGGUUUAAAUCCGGGCGGCUUUAUCCGGAGUAUAGACCGGCUUGUAGCCCGACUUUUUCCGUUGACGUUCAUUCGAAUAGUCACCGGAAAGUGUUGGAAAUGAGAAAGAGGAAGGAAAUAGAAGUUGAACCGGGUCAUAACCUGGCAGUUCAAACGGCUUCGGUUCAGAUGGUUGAACCGGUUUUGGUAGUCUAGACUCUAGAGCAUGUUCGGUUACAAUUUUGGUUGGCCGGUUUGAAAACUUUAGUUAGGUUGGUAAGAGUAGGUAAAAGAUGUAUUGUUUAGGUUUAAUUAUUUUUGUUAAAUUUAGGGUGUUUUUAUUAUUUUAAUUUAGGUUAUAAUGAGUUGUACUUUAUGUUAUAGAUGUAUUUUGUAUUAUUUUUGUAAUGUAAUCGUAGUUUAUAAGAUCUUCUACAACGAUAUGUUGGAUGUCGUUUUCAAAUUUUA